AUGAUGAUAUUUCUAAAAUUGAUAGAGCAAAAAUGCAAAGAUGCGAAGUACAAGGGUAAAGACUGGGACUUUAACGCAACCGAUAUUGUCAAUAUGAUUGAUUCCGAAGAUGUGGACAAAGUAUAUAAACAGUUAAAUAUAGCUGUCAAAGAGUGGACUAAAACUUCAAAAGGAAACACUGCAAAAAUUGAAAUGAUUGUAAAUAAAUUGGCACCGCUUAUAAAAAAAUUGAUUCAAGAUCUGCCUGACAUCAUUGGACUUGACAACCUUGCUAACAUUGCCAAAAAAAUGUUAGACAUCGUUGAGUCUCUUAAGGACGUGUUUGCCGAAACGGGCGAAACGCUUUUAGAAGAUUCCGCUGAAAUAGCAUAUACGGUAAAAACGAAGGGUUUAUUUGCUGGGGGUAUGAAAUUGGUUGGAAAAAUAGGAGAAAGGGUAGGAAAGUAG